GGAACUUGAUCAGCAACUGUCAGAUGAAGUUAAAAAUGAAGACUUCAAAAAAAACUUCAGGAAACAAGGCAGACCCAAGGGGCAGAAAGGCAGCCAAAUGGUCAAGAAGAGGGAUCAACCCACUCCUUGCCAAGGGGGGGAUUUCCAAAAAGUCAUUCACAUGGCGGAAGAAACAUACAAGUGCUUGGAAUAUAAAAUGGACUUCUCAGAACAAACCCAAUAUAAUGUCCAGUUCCAUGAAAAUAAUUUCAGUUUCAGUGGCAAUCUUCAGCACCAUCUGAGAACUGACAGAGGGAAUAAGCAUUUUGAGUGCUCAGAGUGUGGAAAGACAUUCAGUCGGAGUUUCAAUCUUAAACAGCAUCUAAGAACCCACACCGGGGAGAAACCUUUUGAAUGCUCAGAGUGUGGAAAGAGAUUCAGUGACAAUUCUACUCUUCAACGGCACCAAAGGACCCACACAGGGGAGAAACCUUUCAAAUGCUCAGAGUGUGGGAAGAGAUUCAGGCACAGUUCUACUCUUCAACGGCACCAAAGAACCCACACAGGGGAGAAACCUUUCGAAUGCUCAGAGUGUGGAAAGAGGUUCAGUAGGAGUUCCCGUCUUCUAGAGCAUCAAAGAAACCACACAGGGGACAAGCCUUUGGAAUGUUCAGAGUGUGGAAAGAGAUUCAGUCAGAGUAGCCAUCUUCAACAGCAUCAAAGAACCCACACAGGGGAGAAGCCUUUUGAAUGCUCAGAAUGUGGAAAGAGAUUCAGGCACAGAGGCAGUCUUCAACAGCAUCUAAGAACCCACACAGGGGAGAAACCUUUGGAAUGUUCAGAAUGUGGAAAGAGGUUCAGUCAGAGUAGCCAUCUUCAACAGCAUCAAAGAACCCACACAGGGGAGAAACCUUUUGAAUGCUCAGAGUGUGGAAAGAGAUUCAGGUUGAGUGGCACUCUUCAACAGCAUCAAAGAAUCCACACAGAGGAAAAACCUUUUGAAUGCUCAGAGUGUGGAAAGAGAUUCAGGCACAGGGGCAAUCUUCAGCUACAUCAAAGAACCCAUACAGGGGAGAAACCUUUUGAAUGUUCAGAGUGUGGAAAGAGAUUCAGUCAGAGUAGCCAUCUUCAACAGCAUCAAAGAACCCACACAGGGGAGAAACCUUUUGAGUGCCCAGAGUGUGGGAAAAGAUUCAGACACAGUGGCGCUCUUCAGCUACAUCAAAAAACCCACACAGGGGAGAAGCCUUUUGAAUGCUCAGAGUGUGGAAAGAGAUUUAGUCGGAGUGGCAAAUUUCAGCUGCACCAAAGAACCCAUACAGAGGAAAAACCUUUUGAAUGCUCAGACUGUGGAAAGAGAUUUAGUCAGAGUGGCAAACUUCAACUGCAUCAGAGAACCCAUACAGGGGAGAAACCUUUUGAAUGCUCAGAGUGCGGAAAGAGAUUCAGUCAGAGUGGCACUCUUCAGCUGCAUCUAAGAACCCAUACAGGUGAGAAACCUUUUGGAUGCUCGGAAUGUGGAAAGAGGUUUAGUGGGAACGGCAGUCUUCAACUGCACCUAAGAACUCACACUGGGGAGAAACCUUUUGAAUGCUCAGUGUGUGGAAAGAGAUUCAGUCAGAGUGGCACUCUUCAACUGCAUCGAAGAACCCACACAGGGGAGAAACCUUUUGAAUGCUCAGAGUGUGGGAAGAGGUUCAGUCGGAGUAGCAAACUUAAACUGCACCAAAGAAUCCACACAGGGGAGAAACCUUUUGAGUGCUCAGAGUGUGGAAAGAGAUUCAGUUGGAGUAGCACUUUUCAAAAACAUCUAAGAUCUCACAUGAGGAGAAACCAUGUAACUGCUUAGCCCCUGAAAAGAGCUUUUCUCCUAUUUCACCUGUAAAAGACAA